AUGCAUAGAAACACACAGAGACCCACACUCACACAUAAGUGCACACGUUUUCUCUCAAGCUCACACACACACACUUGGCAAGCAUAGAAGCCGUCUAGCGUACAAGCCAGAUCAGAGAGCUUCAUCACUUUGGCAGACUAAAUAGAUUUGUUAUAACUCCGUCACCAGUUCAUCCGUGCCGUGUCUCCACUCUUUUUUUCUCACUCUCUCUUUUUCUUUCUAUCCCUCUCUUCCUGGAUUUCAGCUACAGGCCACGCUUCUGAUCUAGUCUUCGACCCCUCGUCACCUCCAUCAUGUCCGACCCUGCUGCGGACCUCCCGUUCUUCUAUGGCAGCAUCAGUCGCUCGGAGGCCGAGGACCAUCUGAAGCUGGCCGGCAUGGGAGACGGUCUCUUCCUCCUGCGCCAGUGCCUUCGCAGCUUGGGCGGCUACGUCCUGUCCCUGGUUUGGAACCUGGAGUUCUACCAUUACUCCAUUGAAAAACAGCUCAAUGGCACAUACUGCAUCGCAGGUGGGAAGCCUCACUGCGGACCUGCUGAGCUCUGUGAGUACUACAGCAAAGACCCAGACGGGCUCGUGUGCACCUUGAGAAAACCCUGCCUGCGAUCGGCUGACACACAAAUCAAGACGGGCGUCUUUGACAGCCUGAGGGACAAUAUGCUCAGGGAAUAUGUGCGUCAGACUUGGCACCUGGAGGGGGAGGCCAUGGAACAAGCCAUCAUUAGCCAGGCCCCACAGCUAGAGAAACUGAUUGCCACAACAGCGCAUGAGAAAAUGCCCUGGUUCCACGGCAAGAUCCCUCGCCAGGAGGGUGAGAGACGACUGUACUCAGGAUCUCAGCCUGAUGGAAAGUUCCUAGUCCGAGAGAGAGAAGAAUUUGGAACAUUUGCCCUGUCAGUGACAUACGGAAAAACAGUAUACCAUUAUCAGAUCUUACACGACAAAUCAGGGAAAUACGCAAUGCCAGAGGGAACUAAAUUUGACACUGUGUGGCAGCUGGUGGAGUAUUUAAAGAUGAAGCCUGAUGGUCUUGUGACCGUACUAAGAGAGCCGUGUGUCAACCAAAGCAAUGCAACACCAGCUCUUAUGAAUACUCCGAGGAGGCCGAGAGGUAAUGGAUACACACCGCCCCCUAUGAUACCCACACCUUCAGGAGCUGAGCCUCCACGUCCAUCUUUACCAAUGGACCAUGAUGCAUUCAUCAGUCCUUACGAUGAUCCAAAUGAAUGCAAGAAGAAGACCCUGUUCAUCAAGAGAGACAAGCUCAUGAUCGACGAGGUGGAGCUUGGUUCAGGCAACUUCGGCUGUGUCAAGAAAGGUGUAUUCAAAAUGGAAAGCAAACAGAUUGAUGUGGCGAUUAAAGUGUUGAAGAAUGAGAAUGAAAAAUCAGUAAAGGAUGAAAUGAUGCGAGAGGCCCAUAUUAUGCAUCAGCUGAGUGAUCCGUUCAUCGUGCGCAUGAUUGGACUCUGUGAGGCUGAAGCGCUCAUGUUGGUGAUGGAAAUGGCCCCCGCUGGCCCGCUCAACAAGUUUCUCUCUGGAAAGAAGGAACAGGUCACUAUGGAAAACAUUGUGAUGUUGAUGCAUCAAGUCUCAAUGGGGAUGAAGUAUUUAGAAGGAAGGAACUUUGUACACAGAGACCUGGCAGCCCGUAAUGUACUAUUAGUCAACCAGCAAUAUGCCAAGAUCAGUGACUUCGGCCUCUCCAAGGCACUGGGUGCAGAUGACAACUAUUACAAGGCCCGUACAGGAGGUAAAUGGCCUCUGAAGUGGUACGCACCAGAGUGCAUUCAGUUUCAUAAGUUCUCCAGCAAAAGUGACGUUUGGAGCUUUGGCAUUACGAUGUGGGAGGCCUUCUCCUAUGGAGGAAAGCCUUAUAAGAAAAUGAAAGGCCCAGAGGUCAUGAGUUUUAUUGAUGCCGGUAAUCGUAUGGAUUGCCCUGCUGGAUGUCCUGAGGCCAUGUAUGAACUGAUGAAGGAGUGCUGGACAUACAAGCAUGAAGAACGGCCAGGCUUUGUCAAAGUGGAGGAGAAGAUGAGAACUUUCUAUUACUCCAUUUGCAAAAAGAUUCCAGACUACAUGAAAACAGAGAACGGAAAGCCCCCUCAGUGAUACAAAUGGCAAAUCUAUUAUGCAUUUUGAAUUUAGCAUUGUAUUGUGGUGUUUUUUGGUUAAAAGAAAUGUCUGCAAACUUAAUGGUUAAUGUGAAAAUGCUAAAUUACCAGAACCUUUUCAGUUUUUGUACAGAUUUUUUCCCCAGUGGGUCCCUUUCACCUGUGUGUUUUGAGCCAGGACAGAAUGAAAACGUGAAGAACAGUUUCAAAAUUAAGUACCUUUAAUAAUAUGUCUAUCAAACUAUUCACUGAUUAAUGCAAGUCACCUUUUUUAAAUUAUUGCCCUGCUGUUAUCAGUGCUCAUAAUACUAUUCAGUGCCUAUUUACUAUUUGAAUGUCCCAGGAAAUACUUUUCUUCCUGCAAGUGUUUCAGUUAUUGAAAUCAGAUGGAUGUACUGUAGCUAUUUUCUCGAGAUAAAAAGAGAUAAUUACUCAAACUUCAUGGUCUUGUUUUCUGUUGAACAAUUUGAUUAUAAGUUUCCUGCAAUUUUCAGUAUUCCUUCUGACUAUUCUCAAACAUUUGUAUGUAUUCAUUUUGUGAAACUUCUGGAGUUUUUUAAAAAAAACAUGCAAUAAACUGCACAUACAAUAAAACAA